GCCCUCUCCCAACUCUCACCACCACCUCGUACAUCCCUUCACCUUCUUUCGCCAUGGCCUCGGCUUCUGUUCAUAGCUACUGGCAAGCUCUCCCGGAGGAGUUCCGCAGACAGAAGGAUCUCGACGCAGCUCGCAAGGCCGGUACAGCACCGGCUGCGCUGGAUGAGGAGGGCAAGGCGAUCAACCCACACAUUCCUCAAUACAUCGCCCAAGCACCAUGGUACCUCGACACCGGUGCGCCGUCCCUCAGCCAUCAGCGGAUGCCGGAUUACGACCGCUCCUCCGACAAGCUCGACAACUGGUAUGACCGCGGUGCGAAAGCCGGCCCCGCCGCGAAGAAGUACCGCAAGAAGCAGGACUGCCUCGAGCGGCCACGACGCCGUGGCGCAAAGUUUACGAACAGGGACAUCGCGCCGGACGAGGUCAUCCAGGACGUUGCGACGGGCUACGACGCGAAGCGCGACCGGUGGAACGGCUACGACCCCGGGGAGCACAAGAGGAUCUACGACGAGUACGCGGCGGUGGAGGCGGCGCGGCAGAAGCUGCGCGAGGAGGAGAUUGAUAAGCAGACGACGACGGACCUGGCGGCGGUGCGGAAGGUCGCGAAGGCGGGGAAGGAGAAGGGUGAGGAGCGGACGACGACUUUGGGAGCAGUGACGAGGAGGACGAGGAUGCGGACAAGUAUGCGGAGGCUGCGGAUGCGGUGGGUCAGAAAUGGACACGAAGACCCGUAUUACCGUCCGGAAUCUGCGAAUUCGGGAGAUACUGCCAAGUAUCUCAUCAACCUCGACCCCUCAAGCGCGUACUACGACCCGAAGACCCGUUCCAUGCGUGACAAUCCCAUGAAGAACGUCACACCAGAAGAGGCUCGAUUUGCUGGUGACAACUUCCUCCGCCACUCCGGUGAAGCCCCGACUGCUCGGGGCAACGACGUACACAUGAACGCCAACCCGACACAAGGUCAACUCCUGCAUCAAAAGUUCGAGCACAAGAAAGAGAAGCUGAAGGACAUCAACAAGUCGAGCAUCCUCACGAAGUAUGGUGGAGAGGAGUACCUCGAGAAGGCGCCGAAAGAGCUGUUGCAGGGCCAGACGGAGGAGUACGUGCUCAAGGGGAAGGAGCGUGCGGCGGCGAAGUCGAAGUACCCGGAGGAUGUGUACAUCAACAACCACACGGCGGUCUGGGGCUCGUGGUACAACGCCCCAUCUGGAGAUUGGGGUUACGCCUGCUGCCACUCCACCGUCCACAUUUCCUACUGCACUGGUAUCGCGGGUAUUGAGGCGGCACAAGCAUCGAGUGCGAAACAACUUCUCGCUUCGUCAUUAGUAGCCGAUGCGUCUCCUCCGCCCGAGAGCGCACCACAAACAACGGGGACGGCCGAGGAUCGAAAGAAGAAGGCAGAGGAGCUCUUCUCGAAGAAGCGUCUCGGCGAGGGCGAGCUCGCGCUUGACCAGGACCGUCUGGUUAAGGCCAUCCAGGAGGAGAAGAAACGGAAGACAAGGGGUGGGGAGGAGGAGGAUCGGUUUGCGAAGCGGCAGAAGGGUGGACAGGGCGGGAGCCAUGAGCUGUCGCAGGAGGAGCUUGAGGCGUACAGGAUGAACCGUCGGAUGAUGGAGGAUCCUAUGGCCAAUUACGUCGACACGGAGGCGUAGUUGUCUGGCAUGCACCCUUUGUAUUUCUACUGUCACUGCUAUGUACUUAGCCAUUAUUGUAUCGUUGUAUCUGCUCUACCUAAUUCUCAAAAUGGAUCUGCGCUGCGUUCUUGA